UGGAUGGUGUUUAGAGAAAUUGUGUUUUUAAAUAAAUUAACGUUAAUAACAUAAAACAAGAAGCGUGUAUUUGAUAGAUUCAGAAUGUCUGAAGACAUUGAUAUUAAGAAACAUGAUUUAAUUGAAAAGCCAAGGGUACGGAAUAUUUUUUCCGACCUGACAGUUUUGGGAAGGAAAAUUAUUGUGGGUGCAGAUCAUGGAGAACUGCAAAAAGAAAGUAAAUCCAAAACAUUAAAUAGACAAGGUAAGCUUUGUCUAAAAAAGCAGACUAUUAUAGACGAAAAUGUUGAAGAGCUUGAAACAGAGAAAAAUUUAAUACUGGAGCCAUCUAAUCCAGACGAAUCUAAAAAAAUUAGAAAAUCACUAUUGCAUUCUAAUAUAAUAGUUUUUGGAAAUAAAUAUUCUAAGACAUGUGAUAAUAAACUAAAGUAUCAUGCGAAAAUAAAUAUUAAAGACAUUAGUCAUUAUCUGAAGAAAAGUAAAAGUUAUUGCCGGAUUUGUAAAAAAUUAUUUUUAAAAACAAGUAUGUUUGAGGAACAUAAAAUAUUGAGUCAUAAAGAUAUGUUUAACAAAAAUGGGGAAUACAAGAUAUUAAAUCAUGAAGAUAUUGUGGUUGAUAGUAACAGAGAUAGUAUUGGAGGUCAAGAAAAUAAUACAAGAGAUGGUGAAAUAAAUAUAAGUGAAGAAAAUGAAACAAAUAAAUGCUACCAUUGUAAGCAAAUAUUUUCAACUCGAAAACUGCUUAUUGAACACAUGUAUGAAGUUUUAGAUAAAAAUGCAAAAAUAAAAAUAAAUAAUGUAGAUAAACACUGUAAAACUAAAAAUAAUAGUAAUGAAAAUGCUCAGCAGGUUGUUAAAAAAACUGUUGAAAACAGCAAAGAUGAAGGCAUACAGGACACCAAUAGUUUACCUAAAACGAUAUUAGUAAAUGAAUCAAUAUCAGAGAAUGAGUCCUAUAGCGGAUCACAAAAUCAAACAGAAGUUGUUUGUGUUACCAAUCAAAAUGAAAUAUUACAGUGUACUGUAUGUUUCUGUUAUUUUCAACAUUUAAAGUUUUAUUUAAAGCAUAUGGAAAGGAAACAUAAAACAAAAGUAAGACAAUUCAAAGUCGUUAAAUUUAAUCCUAAGUGUAUAUUUUGUCCAAACAGUUAUCCUACUUUUACACAAUAUAAUUUACAUUUGCGUCGUGUACAUACUAAAUUGAUAUCUGAUACUAACUGUGAGAAGCAUAAUCCAAAUCAAAAUCAAGAAAAUAGCACAGUUAAUAGUAAUAAUUCUGUAGCAUUAGAACAACAGAAUACUACAACUUUGAGUCUAGAAUCAAGUUAUGAUUUAAUAAAUGAUAGACCAUUAAUUUUCAAAAGUAUUUUGUUCAAGUGUCUGAAAUGUGAAAUAAAUUUCUUGUCCCCGAAGCUAGCCACCAGUCAUAAUGUACAUAGUGAAAUUCUUAUUAACUGGAAAUGUUCAUUGUGCGAGAUAUAUUUUAAAAGGAGUGAUGAAGUUCUACACCUGAAACAACAUAAAUAUACCGAUUCAUUUAACGUCGUAAAUGUAGAAGAUAAAGACUCGAGUAAAAUUAUGAUAAAAUGUGCUAAAUGCCCCUUGCAUAUCCCUGAGAGUGACUUCAGACGCCACCUUAAUGUUUGCGGUGAAAAAAUUAACACCUGGCACUGUGAUGUUUGUAAUAUCGACAUAUACGGAAAUUUAAAAAAUAAAAGAGCGCACAAUGCCCUCCACAGUGAUAUUGAUGGCAAAAAAAGUGAUUUUAUAAUUAUAGAUGACUCUCUUCUGAACCCUGAAAUACACAUCGAUUACAUGAACAAAUCACAGCAAGUAAAAGUCACAUCAAUUACUGGACAAAACAUUAUAAAGAAACGAAAAAGAAAAGUAGAUGAAACCCCAAACCAAUCUAAGAAGUUACUAAGAAAGUUGAAAGAACUUUCUUCAUCAAAUGAUGAUCAUUAUUCGAAAUUCAUUUUUCAACGCCCUGAUACACCUACAUUUUUACUAAAUUUGGCAUACUGUAAAAAUUGCGAAUGUUUUAUAAAUUUUUAUUACAGGCUCGAAGUGCAUGUCGAAAACCGUUGCCGUCAUUUAGCUAAAAGAGUAUGUAAUAUUUGUGGUAUUGUGUUUACGCCCAAAACAAUACUGCGCCACAAACUAUUCCACGAAUUGAAUCCUCAUUUAAAAUUACAGGAUUUUAGGUUUUAUGAUAUUCAUACGUGUGAACUAAUUUUACCUCCCGUGCCGAUAUAUCCGAAGUGCGAUAUAUGUGAGGCCCACUUCGUCCGUAAGGACGAAAUACGUUUUCACACAUGUUCCGAAACUCCAAAUUUGUACUGUGAUAUAUGCGAAUUGAAAUUCGCUUCCGAAAUAGCUCUCAAUUUACACAUACCAUUUCAUGGCUACUAUUUACCAUGUAAAUCGCCCAUAGAACGUAAUAAUCUCUAUGAUGUAAGUCCAGAUGUGUCAAAGAAAAAUAAAAGAUUUAAAAAUUCAGUUUUAAAGAAGCCAGCGGUUAAGAGACAUAAUAAAGAAGAUCGAAAUGAAAACAAAUCUGACAAUGUGAUGGACGUAGAUGAACCACAGCAGCUUAUUGAAAAUGAUAAAAUUCUUGCAGUUCCUGAAGAAGAACAUAAUAUUAGUUUCUCACAAGAAAAUGAUACGAACGAUAAGCGAGAAAGUAUUGAACAUGUGUAUUACUUAUACACUUGUGAAAUUUGUAACGUCACUGUAGCUCAUUACGAUCAACUGGUAGAACAUUGUCACUCUCAUUAUAAUAAUAGUUAUAGAAAAGUCGCUACCGAAAAGUGUACUCAGUGUAACUUAAUAUUUGAUCAUUCUUGUAUGUUUUCACAUAUUAAGGAAAUGCACGAGUCCGACAUAAGCAGUGAAUCCUUUGUAAAAUUCACUUGUGACCUAUUUUAUUUCGGACGCAGUAACGUGGAAUGGUUGAAUCAUGUUUUUAAAUCAGUACCAGAAAGUAGAAGAGAAAGCAUACUCAAAUAUGCAAUAUAUAAAGAUGAAUAUAGAAUCAAGCUGGACGUAUCACAGCAAGGCGAUCCGGAAUUCACGCUAUAUCAAUGCACGAAAUGUAGUAUUUUUACUGAACCCUCUGAUAUGGUCGAUCAUAGAAAAAAGUGCAAGGGCUCCGAUAAGGUGUAUCCUUGUCAUCACUGUGGUGUACCUUUUUUGUCGGCGCCCCUCCGAGCCCGGCAUUUAGAACUACACGAGCGACACGACUUAAGUGCCAAGUCCUACAGGAUAGUAGUUUUUAAUCGAAAGAAGGACAAUCCACUAAACGAUUUAUUGCUCAAAAAAACCAAUCAAUACGUAUUAUACAAGUGUAGAAACUGUCACGGCGUAGUGGAUUGGAGUCUUGUGAAGAGUCAUCACUGCAACUUAUACGAUUUGAAAAAAUGUACCAUCUGUGGUUUACUGAUUUACAGCACGGCUUACGACAAACACAACGCUAGACACAAAACUAUCGAUACGUUCGUCGCCAGUAAUAUGAGAGUGGUCAUGUUCGGUCAAGUGCGGGGAGAAAGUAAAGAAACUGACGAAAAUUACGAACCAGUCUGCUCCUUUAGCGGUAUCGUGUCAGAUUAUAUUUUUUAUAAAUGCGUCAAGUGUAACGUUUGCAUUGAGAAUUUGAGACAUAGCUCGAAACAUUUUUGUUUGAUCGCCGCCGCUAAAUUUCACUGCCCGAAAUGUAAUUUAUAUUUUGACCCUGGUAAGAAGAAGGACCAUUAUGCUAUGCACUACUCGGAAAAGGAGAUCACGAGCGACUCUGUUUGCGUUAUACCUUUCGAUCCCCAGGAAACGUAUAGUCUUUCAAGAAAGAGUUUAGAGUAGACGCUAAGGGUGGUUUAAGUUAGUUAUGGUCAAAGUUAUAGUUAAGUUUAA